AUGAAGGUCUUGGCUGUGGCAUUACUGGCUCUAGUGGCGGUGUCUACCGCUAGGCACAUUAUAGGCUUAGAAGAAGUAAUCGAUCUGGAAACUCUCUCCGCUUACGAUUAUUUCAACAAAGUCGGAAUCCUCUUAGCUGAGGAAAUUCUACAAGCUGAGAUAGAAGCCGCUUCCAACCCUUCUAGAAUUGUUGGAGGCUCUGCAGCCAGAGUCGGGCAAUUCCCUUACCAGGCUGGUCUCAUCAUUGACCUCACGUCGGGGAGAACUGGUGUCUGCGGUGGUUCUUUGCUCAAUUCACGAAGAGUCCUGACUGCUGCUCACUGCUGGAAUGAUGGUCAAAACCAAGCUUGGAGAUUUACAGUUGUUCUUGGAUCCGUUCAACUAUAUAGCGGUGGCACCAGGGUUGCUAGUUCAAGUGUGACUAUGCAUGGAAGCUGGAAUCCUAGCCUCAUCCGCAAUGACAUAGCAAUGAUCAAUUUGCCUUCAGCUGUUUCUACAUCUGCUAAUAUCGGUUUCAUCGCUCUGCCUUCUGGUAAUGAGAUCAACAACCAAUUUGUCGGCGCUACUGGAACUGCAUCUGGCUUCGGUAUCACCAGAGAUGGUGGAAGUGUUAGUGGUGCUUUGAACCACGUAAACUUACCGGUGAUUUCUAACGCUGUGUGCCGGGAGACCUUUACGAUAUACAUUCAAUCAUCAAACAUUUGCACUAGCGGUGCCAAUGGAAGAAACAUUUGCAGAGGUGACUCCGGUGGCCCUCUUGUUGUUAACAGCAACAAUCGGCGAAUCUUGGUCGGUGUUAGUUCUUUCGUAUCUGGUCGCGGUUGCCAGGCCGGUGCCCCCGGUGCUUUUGCCAGAGUCACUUCGUUUAUUAGCUGGAUCAACCAACGUCUUUAAACAAAAAAAUGUAACCUGAAAGAUAUCUUUCGAUCAAUAUAAUGUAUAAAAAUAAAAAGUAAUUAGUUGAAAUAAAAGUAUAAUAAAAUAUAA